GUGAGUCGGUGCAGUUUCACUCAUGUACAAAAUACUUAGCAUUGUGGGUGAAACAACCCUACCGUUUUUUGGCAUGCAGAAGUUCCAGCAGGUACCAAAUCGUGUAAAUCGUAAAUACAGCAUUUUACGAGGGGAAUCUUCAGAAUUGUUCCUACUCAUCGCAGCUUUGAGUAAUGGAGGAGUUAUUUGAGGAGGCCAAAAGUCAAUUCAUGCUUGGGCACAAUGAAAAAGCGGAGGAAUUGUACACAAAGAUCAUUGAUGGUUGCAGUGCGGAAGUCGAAUCGAGCGACGGAAUGAGGCAGAUUCUCGCUGAGGCAUUCAACAAUCGAGGGCAAAUCAAGUACCUACGAGUGGACUUUGAUGAAGCAGUAGAGGAUUACACUGCUGCCAUUGGGAUCAACGACAGCUUUGCAACGGCCUACUACAAUAGGGGACAGAUCCACUACAGGCUAGCCAGAUUUAAGGAGGGCAUUGAGGAUUUUCAGAAGUCCCUAGAAUACCAACCGGAUUUCUCCGAUGCUGCAACAGCUCUGCAAACAGCCCAAGAAGACCUCCAAAGAAGUGUUCCAUCAACACCAGAUGCUGACGGGGCACCGGAAACGCCAUGAGCGUAAUGAUGAACCCUUUCAGUUACUUCUCCUUUCCUCUCAAGAUUUGGUAUUGACAGGCAGAGCCAGUCUCCACUUAAUCCGGGCGGUUUAACUAGUUAGUUCACAAGGGCAGAUCCGGUUUCAUUCAAGUACUGGGACACAGUGUUACACACAGUGCCACAUUCUGUGCACUUCGAAAUGAUCUGACGAACCUGCACGUAUAUCCAUCACUGGUUCACAAGUUAGUUCCUGACUGAGGGUUUCUUGUUUAUCACUGGUCUUCAUACAUGUACAUGGACUAGUGUAAGAGCAGAAUUUGAUAAACCCAAUGUAACAGAUGUCCCUCGUAAACAACCAUCCAACACUCGAGGUCUUCCCUGCACACAUGCCAUUCCCGCCGCCCACAUUCGCAGUAACCUGAGGACACAAGUCCCUUGGUCAGUUGCCCUCAUGGCAUGACUUCAUUGAAUUCCCACUAAACUGACCUAACACCCCCUCUUCCUAGAGACGAUGUCCUAAGUUAUGUUUUCCGUAUUAGACAGCAUCUCGUGAUAAACGAUCAUCACCCUUUUGUGCUCAUUUUUCACAUUUCACUCAGGACGAGGGUUAGACUGACUGUGAAUAGACUUUUACUUUCUACCAGGCAUAGCCACAAGGAGAGUGUGGAAGCUCUGUGUCCCGCAAUACCCUAUUCAUUGAGUUAUAACACUCAUUUUAUUAAACCGGAAGCUUAAGCGAGUUCUUGGAGUAAAAAUAAAAGUCUCCUAAUUAGUCGAA